GACAAAAGUGUUGUAAAAAGCUAGUGUGAAAAGUGAGAGCGCAGAAUUUUUUUGCACAACGCCCGAACCUGUACUGCUUGAACGAAAGCUAGCAGCUAAAACAACUAGGUCAACUGAAUGCCCGACUGCAUGUUACUUACCAUUCACCUGACUAUAUAAGCCCAGCAAUAAGGAACCAAAAGCAUCAGUUGUUUACCAAACUAACCUAAGUACAACAUGAAGCUGUUCUUCGUCGCCGCAUUCUUGGCUGUUGCUGCCGCCGUACCAUCCAGCUACAAGCCGGAAUACAAGGCUCCCAGCUCCCCUGCCCCAAACUACCCGGCACCAAAGUACCCUACUACUAGCUACCCCGCACCAGCCUACCCCGCACCAGCCUACCCCGCACCAGCCUACCCCGCACCAGCCUACAACAAGGAUAACAAAUACGCUGACAUUACCAUCACCAGUCAAUCUGAUGAGCGCAACCUCGAUGGCAACACCCAAUGGAGCUAUGCCCAGUCUGACUACACUACCCGUGAAGAGUCCCAGGUCCAGAAAAAGAUGCAAGGAGUCACCUACGAUUCUUACGGAAAAGAAUCGUACGGUGAAGUCUUAGGCAACACCAACAAAGGAUCCUCUUACUGGGUUUCCCCUGAAGGCCAGAAAUUCACUUUGACUUGGGCCGCUGAUGAAGCUGGAUUCCAGCCCAAAGGUGACCACUUGCCCGUCGCUCCCGUCCACGAAUACGAGCUCCCAGUUGCUCCCGUGCAUGAAUACGAACUCCCAGUUGCCCCCGUCCACAUCCCUUUCAACGGCAAAGGCUACAAGAUCUACUAAAUUAAUGAAAUAUCAAUUGCAUAAAUAAUUUAAAGCCAUGUAUUUCAGGCCUUACGCCUCUUGGCUCUUGGUGUAAAAACGUGUAAAUAUAAAGCGGAGACUAUCUA